CCUGGACCGCAGAGGGGGCCUUCGGCUCCUUCCUCCUGCAGUACAAGGACGCGGAGGGCAAGCCCCAGGCGCUGCCCAUGGACGGGGGAUCCCGCACAGUCACCGUAACCAACCUGGCCCCCUCCCACAGAUACAAGUUCAACCUCUACGGCAUCUCCGGCCACAAGCGCCUCGGCCCCGUCUCCACUGACGCCAUCACAGCCGCAGUACCGCGGGACAAGGGAGCCGGGACGCAGCUACGCCUGGGGAAGCUCUCAGCCUCCGGUGUCACCCACAACUCCACCCUCCUCUCCUGGACUGUGGAGGAGGGGACCUUCGACUCUUUCAUCCUCCAGUACAAGGACGCGGAGGGCAAACCCCAGGCACUGCCCGUGGAUGGGGGAUCACGCACAGUCACAGUAACCAACCUGGCCCCAUCCCGCAGAUACAAGUUCAACCUCUACGGCAUCUCUGGCCGCAAGCGCCUCGGCCCUGUCUCCACCGACACCGUCACAGCCCUGCAGAAGGAAGAACCCACCCCCCAUCCCAGCCUGGGGGAGCUCUCGGCCUCCGACGUCACCCACGACUCCACCCUGCUCUCCUGGACCGCGGAGGAGGGGACCUUCGACUCCUUCCUCCUCCAGUACAAGGACGCAGAGGGCAAACCCCAGGCACUGCCCCUGGACGGGGGAUCCCGCACAGUCACCGUAACCAACCUGGCACCUUCCCGCAGAUACAAGUUCAACCUCUACGGCAUCUCCGGCCGCAAGCGCCUCGGCCCCGUCUCCACCGACGCCGUCACAGCGCCGCGGGAUGAGGGACCCGGGAUACAGCUCCGCCUGGGGCCGCUCUCGGCCUCCGACGGCACCCACGACUCCCUCGACCUGUCCUGGUCCGUGGAGGAAGGGACCUUCGACUCCUUCAUCCUCCAGUACCGGGAUGCAGACGGCAACUCCCAGGUGCUGCCCGUGGACGGGGGAUCCCGCACCUUCACCAUCACCAACCUGGCCCCCUCCCACAGAUACAAGUUCAACCUCUACGGCAUCUCCGGCCGCAAGCGCCUCGGCCCCGUCUCCACCGACGCCGUCACAGGCCGGCCGGAGGAGGAAGACGAGGAGGAGGAGGAGGAAGGUGCCACGCAGCCCAAGCUGGGGGAGCUCUCAACCUCCGAGGUCACCAAAGACUCCGUGCGCCUCUCCUGGACCAUCCAGGCCGGGGCCUUCGACUCCUUCCUCCUCCAGUACCGGGACGCGGACGGCAAACCCCAGGCGCUGCCUGUGGACGGGGGAUCCCGCACGCUCGUCGUCUCCGACCUGCUGCCCUCCCGCAAGUACCAGUUCAACCUCUCCGGCGUCUCCGGCCACAAGCACCUCGGGCCCAUCUCCACCGACGUCGUCACAGCCUUCCCGGAAGCCUCCAGCGUGACGCCCGCCCGGCUGGACCAGCUGCUCGUCUCCGAGGUGACCCCCACCUCCCUGCGGCUGCGCUGGGACGCGCCCGAGGGCGACUUCGACACCUUCCUCAUCCGGUACCGGGCCGCGGGCCGGGGGCCCGGGCUGGGGCCGGCGCCCACCCAGGAAGUGCCAGUGCCGGGGGCCCAGCGUUCAGCCGUGCUGCGGGGGCUGCGGCCCGGCACCGAAUACGGCCUGGCGGUGUACGGCCUGCGGCAGGGCGAGGAGACGGCCAACGUCCACGGGGCCGCGCGGACCAGCAGCCUCGAGCUGGAGAGCCCCCGGGACCUGCGCUUCAGCGACGUCCGUGAGACCUCGGUGGGGGUGACCUGGGGGGCCCCGUCCACCCACGUCGACCGCUACAAGGUGUCCUUCCAGCUGCGCCACGGGGGGGAGCCGCAGAGCGCCAUGGUCGAGGGCACCCGGCUGCAGACGACGCUCGAGGGGCUAAUCCCCGGGGCCAGCUACGAGGUGAGCGUCAUGGCCGUGCGGGGCUUCGAGGAGAGCGAGCCGCUGGUGGGCUACGUCACCACGG